CUCUUAGGAGGAGCUCCUUCAGUCAUCUCUCCUCGGUGACUGUAGACUUUUCUCCAGAUAUCCAAACAUGAAGCUGUCAGCACUGUUGGCUGUGGUUUUACUCCUCUCUGCUGACCGGAGAAGCUCCGGGAAGUCUCACCCCAAACCGUCCUGCCGGUACCCUCCAUCUCAGUGGUGUCGGUCCCUGGAGAUAGCAAUAGAGUGCAAGGUUCAGAAGCAGUGUAUGGAGGUGAAUGCUACCAGACCAAAGCAGGAUGUUCCUCCAGUGUCUGUCACUCUGUAUUAUGAGAGUCUGUGUCCAGCCUGCAGAGUCUUCAUCACCCAGCAGCUCUUCCCCACCUGGACCAUGCUGCAGGACAUCGUGACCGUCACUCUGGUCCCCUACGGGAACGCUAAGGAGUUUCCAUCAGCGAACUCUCCCUUCACCUGUCAGCACGGAGAGCCUGAAUGCCGAGGAAACAUGAUGGAGGCCUGUAUCAUCCAUUUAGCGGGACACUCGGCAUUUCAGAUCGUCUACUGCAUGGAGUCGGCUGCAGAUGUUCUCAACGCUGCCCAGCCUUGUCUCCAGCUGUACGCUCCCUCUGUCUCCUGGUCGAGUGUUGACUCCUGUUUGAAGGGAGAUCUGGGAUACCAGCUGAUGCACGCCAACGCUGUCAUGACCAGAGCUCUGAGCCCCGCCCACACACACGUCCCCUGGGUCACCUUCAACGGGGAAUACACAGAAGAGAACGAGGACAAGGCGAUGUCGUCCCUUUUCCAUUUGGUCUGCCAACUCUACAAGGGGGUGAAGCCUCCAGCCUGCACUAGAGCCCCGGUCAGACUGAACAGAGGCUUCUGCUGAACAACUUUAAACUUUUACCUGCAGUAAAACAGCAAAUCAUAACAAAUUACCAAAUAUUACCCUCCAAAUCAUACUAACGUGUUUACUUUUUGUUGGCGUAGUUAACAAUGUGGAUGUGAAAUCGUACAGUGGGUUUUUAUGUGCCUCUUGUACUUGAUUUUGAAAGUGGAAUAAAUUCGCCUCAUCUUCACUGUA